AUGUCGGUUUCAUCCGGGAGCUCAUUGUGUGGGGACCAGGAUCAGGAUCUUCUGUUCGAUGAUGAGGAAGAAAUAGAUUUCUACGCAAUACUGAAUGUGCCAAAAAACGCCUCAGAAGAUGAGAUAAAUAAGGCGUACCGUAGACGCUGCCUUAUUUUCCAUCCUGACCGUCAUAAUGAUGAAGAGCAGAAAAAGGAAGCAGAGAAGAUUUUUGUGCAGCUACGCCGCGCUCAUGAAACUUUGAUGGAUCCUAAACAACGUGCCAUCUAUGAUGCCCUUGGCGUGCAAGGCCUUGACACACAAGGUUGGGAGCUCGUUUCAAGAUCAGCAAAUCCAGAGAAUAUCAGGAGAGAGUAUGAGUUCCUCCAGCGCUUGAAAGAACAAGAGUUGAUGCUGCAAAGAGUACAUCCAUCCAGCGGUUUCAUCGUUAAAACUUCGGUAGCGGGUAUGUUCCAAGAGGAUCCAGAUGAUAGGUAUCCACCGCAGCUUAUUGGGAUUGCAAUUUCACAGUCAGUUGAUUGCGCAAUGACCGCUGAUGAUCGAGUCGGCCUCACGGGUAGAGUUAAGUCAGCAAAUGGUCGUGGAGAUGGGAAUGUGACUGCUGUUUGGCGAAAGAGCGCAGGACAAUAUCAUGUCGAGAAUAUGUUGACCGCCUCUAGUGACGCGUUAAAUCUGACCUGCAGGAUAGCUCGAAAUCUAUACACUCGUGCAGCCAUAAUAGUUCAACCAUCUAUACAAUAUUUUCCAUUGCAAGAAGCCUUUGCACCAGCACUAACUUUAAUUUACUCCAUGAGACUACGUGUGCGGUGGCAGGGUAGCAUCAUACUGAAUCUCACUCCUAUUCAAAGUGCAAUCACUACUACACUUGUGCACACAGAGAAUAAUCAGCCCAAAGCAGUUGCCAAUUUCACAUUGUCACCCUCGAAUUCUAAUAUACGCCUGGCGUACUAUUUCCGCAACCCAGAGCAAGAUGCUUUUACCGAAACCGCUGUCCAGAUAUCAAUGUUUGGCAUUUCACCUUCAAUUCAUUUUGAACGACGUUUGUCGCGGUUUUCGCGCAUCGGAUGUGCCCUUCAUUUUUCCUUUCCUUCAUGUAUGAUGACAGCGAAGUUCAAACUCAAAACUGGACAAUCUUCGUUCGAAUGGCAGGUAGUUUUAUGUGAUGAUCGGGACGCCUUGGCUAGGAGCACUAUCUACGGUGUUGUGGUUCCUGUAGUUCUUUUCCAGCUAGCAACGAAAGUUAUAUUUCGGAAAUGGGCAGAAAGGUUUUCCUCAUUGUUUGACGAUCACAGCCGCGACCGUGAGGUGGAUACCGUCAAACAAGAAGAGGCUGUACGAGUGAUCAAUUUGAUGCGUCCUACGGCAGAUCGUAUACGUCGCGAAGAGGAACAGAAAUUGGGCAUAGUCAUCAUUGAUGCCAGAUACGGUCAGUCUGAAUCAAGUGGUUCCUCAUCAUAUGUCGUUGCCGGAGAUAGAACUAUUGAUGUCACCAUACCCCUUCAAGCAAUGGUUAAUGAUUCGCAGCUAAGAAUCUUUUCUGUAAAGAGCCAGUUGCCCGGUUUCUAUGACCCUUGUCCUGGUGAACCAAAAAUGCUGCAUGUACGAUACAAGUUCCGGGAUGAACCCCAUGCUGUAACUGUGGCGGAUGACAUGCCUCUGCAAAUUCCGACAAAAUCUCAUCGGAUCUCCGGCCGAUAGGAUAAAGGAUCUCCGAUCGUCCGUGUUUGUGGUACGUGCUAUUUCAAAUUUGUUUGUUCCUGAAACCUAAAGGAGUAAAACAUUGCGUGUCAAUAUUCGCUGAUUACGUGUUCUGCCUCUGUGGCCUUGAAUUUCUACCAGCUCCCGUGAUUGCCGUCACAUUUUAGGAGAGGGUUAGCAGUAGACUGAAAGUUCCAUUGAUCCGUUCUUUUUUAUGGAGGAGCUUUCUUUAAAGUCACAGCAUGUAUUCUAGUUAGGAUUCUAGUUGUAUAGCAUCUCGUAAUAGUUGUAAGAAUUAGGUUUGUUGAUUUGAGUCUUGUUGAAAAUGCAUUUUCUUUGAGGAAAUUGCGGUUUUCUUGCAUCUGAUUAGGAUAAAUGUUAUAAUUUUCUGGUUACGAUAAUCCACAUUCUACUUGCAAAGUUGGAG